AUGCCUUCUGACAUUGAAAUGGAUAUUGACUCGGGUCUUGGAGCUAGCAAAGCAAAGCUCGGCCUUUUAAGCCAUACAUUUGUAUCGAGUCCGAUAAUUCAGUGGAUCUUGCCUGCCCGUCUCAGGAGCAGGUAUCACAAUGAUGUUGUCUUCGUUGGCGAGCGAGGCCUUCAGAUCAAGGAAGCAAUCUCGGGGACGCACCUAGAGGAGGUAACUGCAAAAUCGGACUUCGAUGCAUAUAUCAUGGCGGCCAAGGUUGUCAACGUCAGUACCGAGUUGCCCUGGGAAGUUCAGAUGAAGGCCGGGUCUAGCGGUGCAGAUGCCAGCACGGAUCUGCACAACGAUCUACCUCCGCAGAUAUUGGUACUCAGCCUCUCUUCGAAAGAGCUAGUGUUUCUUUACCACUCACGCACCGCCCCUCAAUUUAUUCAUUAUCAUCGCCCAUUGCCGAGCGAUGUCAGCACUUUUGCGCGAUUUGGUCGUAAUAUUGCUAUCGAACCAAGGUCUCGAGCGGUUGCUGUCAGCGCUUCUAGUGACUACUUCGGCGUGUUCGUGCUGAAGGCCCCUUCCACCGUGCAGGCCCAAAUGUCAGAAGAGCGGUUGGAUCCUGUGGCAGAGGAGCGAUUUUUCCGCCUCGAUGGCGAUAUCAUCUUUAUGGACUUCCUCUACCCGAAGCCCGAAGAUGGCGACAAAAUCAUCCUGCUUCUCCUGGUUGCUCACGAGCAGACAACACAUGUUGUAUGCUACGAGUGGGACGCGCAUCAAGCUCUACGACAAGCUCAUCCCCGUGUAACGAAAAAGCAGUUGCCUUCCGAAGACAGAAUGCCUACUAUGCUGAUCCCAUUGACCAAGGCCUCAUCUUUUAUGCUAGUCAACACGACUACAAUGACUGUCUACCGAAAUAAGCUGGAUCUCCCAGGACCACCUAUCAAAUAUCCACUCCCUAUCCCCGAUCAUGAGCAGCAACGGUCGCCUCUCUGGACCCGUUGGGCACGCCCUCUGCGCACUGCGGUGUAUAAUCAGAUGCAUGAUGACAUCUACCUCUGCCGCGAGGAUGGGAGGAUAGAUUAUCUGGGUGUUGGGAGCGAUGGCGAAGUUGAGAAUCAAAUUCAACUAGGACACCUAUUUUGUGAUGUCGACGCUGCUUUUGAUAUCUUAGACAUUGGCUACGAGGGCGGCGAUCUUCUCCUAGCUGCCGGUAAUACUGGGGAUGGCGGACUUUUUGUCCAAAGAGCCCGAGACCAACCCCGCUGCGUUCAAAGGUUUAUGAACUGGUCCCCGGUUACUGACUCCGUGCUUGUAAAGCCGCCUUCAGGCCCGAGUACCUCAACAGAUAAUGUUGUCGGUGAUCGGUUGUUCAUGUGUUCCGCGUCGUCUUACGGUCGAGGAGCCGUUGUCGAGUUGCGACAUGGAGUUGAAGCGCAGAUUGGACUAUUGAUAUCUUUGGAAGAACUAUCAGGCGCCAGGGACAUAUGGAUUUUGCCGGACACCGUCAAUGGUGGCGUCAUCAUGUUGACAUCCGAUCCUAUGUCUUCAACUUUUCUGUAUCUACCGGCUGAUUUCAGCGAAGAGAUAUCCGCUAUUGACGAAGCAGAAUGUGGAUUGGACCCGAACUCAUCAACACUGGCGGCGGGAUACAUCGAGUCCGGCACUCUGGUGCAGAUAACCGACAGAGCUAUACUCCUGGGUGCUACGACUGAUUCGCAGCUCCGUUCUCGAACUGACUUGGGUGUCGGUCAAAGUAUCGCGGCAGCUGCUGUGCAUGGCCCUACCUCACUUGUUGUUACGGCCAUUCGAACCCCUCAGGAACUGCGAUUACAUUCAAAAAAUAUUUCUCGGUUGGACAGCGCCCUUCAGAUAACCGAUUCUAUUCCGCCAUUAAACAUCGAUUAUGAGCCUGUUUGCAUGAGUAUCCAACAGCUCGACGUCGGCACCAUUGUCUUCAUAGGCAGCGGUGAUGGUAGGGUUCGGGUCUAUCGCCUUGAUGAGAAUUUCAUGCUUCUCCUUGACGUUCCUGUGACUGUUGAAACUGAUGAUGAUAUCUCAAAAGCGAUUGACAGCCUUGCAAUUGUUGCGCACACAAAAACUCCGCUCAAAAAAGCUAUCCUGAUUUGUGGCUUGCGGAGUGGCUUUUUAAUCAUGUUUGAUAUCUCGAUAGAUGCCAACAAGGUCGACUCGCCCCUAGACAUGCGGCAAGCCGCACUCAGGCACUUGGGUUACACGUCUGUCAAUGUGCAGGGCGGAGGUAGCAUCGGGCUAUUGACAUGCGGUAAUAGCUUCUGGCAGAUAACAUGCGCUCAAGGAGAUGAGGCGUGUGACUGUAUUAUUCAGAGGGUAUGGAUAACAGACCAGAAUAAUCCCGCCUACUAUCCCAGGGUCAUUCACAGUUUCACUAUGACGGGCUUCGACAACACGGACGCCAAUGAGCUUUCCGGAAGCCUUUUUGCUGUUGCAGAUGGGCAGUUAAUGGUAUGCACAUUAGACCAUACUGUCAAGACUAUCCCUCGGAGCAUCAGCCUACCUGGCAGUGCACACAAGCUGGCGUAUUCGCAAUACCUAAAAAGCCUGGUGGUAGCAUACAGCCAAACCGCGUACGAUACUGAUUCGGAUCCGGUCAAGCGUUAUACUAGACCAUUUAUCGAGUUCCUUGACCCGGAUGCCCAGUUUCCCCUGGAUGGCUCUGUCGAGGAUUUGGAUCAUCAACGAAGCAAGCCAUGGCGACCUCAAGGUGCAGCCGGCGAGAAAAUCAGCUGCAUCCUGGAAUGGACUCCGCGAAAGGGCGACGAAGAAUAUCAUUUUAUCGUCAUUGGAACUGCACGCCGGAACCAACAAGACCGCGGUCGGGUCAUCUUCCUCCAAGCUUCCCGGGGCUCAUCUCCAGACUCGGAAGUCGAGUGUUCUGUCAAGUAUAUUCACAAAUUCGAGGAUCCAGUAUAUACCAUUGUCCCCUACGGCGAUUUCACCUUGAUGGUAUCGACAGGUCAUGAAAUCGUCGCACUGGAACCGAAAUUUGCACAAUCACGACGUGUUCGCUCCGCACGAUUCUCGGUCUUCUCCCCGGCUGUCUCGAUAUCCUGUCACGAACCUUACAUCCACCUUUCCAUCGCAAGGGAAUCCCUUAUGGUCCUAAAAGCCACAGAGGAUAACCUGGCGCUUCACGCAUACGACCGCCAGAAGCUUGACGGCCUUUCCCAUAUCCACAUUGGUGGCGACAGAAAGCUCACUUUAGCCUCGAGCAGAGGUGGACGAGUCAGCCUAUUUACCGAAAACGGUGUGUCAGAAACCGACAAAAUGCUACCUACUGCCUUAUGCGAGGCGCAUCUCCCUUCAUCGAUCACGAAACUCUUUUCCAGCUCAGAGCCGUCUUCGCUUUCGACUCGCUCCACUACCUUCUAUGGUACCGCUAUGAAUGGCACUGUCUACCGUCUUUUGACCCUGGAGGAGAAGGAAUGGCGCCUUCUGCGCCUAUUACAAGACCUCUGUAUCCGGGACACUGGCAUCUGUCCAUUCACGCCGAAGAGGAAGAGGCAGCGCAAUCCAGUCGGCCAUGAUCCCCUCGAGUUCAAGCCUUCCCAUAUGCAUAUCGAUGGUGAUAUCUUGCGUCGGCUUGUCACGCGCGAUGCCGAUUAUCUGCUGCGGAUGCUGGCUGAUGGGGAAGAACAGUCAGCAAAGGACGCUACUCGGCUAUUCAAGGAAUUGGCGGAAGAUGUUCUCGGAGAAGUCUCAAGCCCUGCUGAGGCUGUUAUGAGGUGGUUGAAGAGAGUGUUCUAUGUGGAAUUCUAG